AUGAUCCAGCUGGCCAGGAAGAUCACCGAAGAGACUGAGAAGCUUGACAAGUACCUCAAGGAGAAUGGACUCCCUGACCCUGGCUUUGACGUUGAUGCUCCUGGAGACUUUCCCGCCAUCCCGGACGAUAUCCAAAAGAGCCGCCAGGAAAUUGUAUAUGCUACAAAUGAACUAGGUCUCCUUGUUAGAGGACCUAGGGAAUCUGUUAGAUGGGGUGUUUGGAGUAUUCUCAACAGCUACGACAUUCCUAGCCUUGUUCCUUUGGAUAGGCCCAUCUCAUUGGCUGAGCUGGAAACAAAGACUACACUUGAUCCCAUCAACUUGGCCCGCAACCUUCGCCAUGCCAUGACAAACGCCAUCUUCCAGGAGCCAACCCCCGGAUACAUUGCCCAUACUGCUGCCUCCAAGAUGCUUCUAAAGGACGCCAACCUUAGAUCUUGGGUUGGCUUCAACUCGGAGGACAUCUUUCCUGCAGCUGCCCACUCCUUGCAGGCUAUUCGAGAUUACCCAGAGGCUACCUCGCUCACGCGCACUGGCUUUAACGUUGCCUUUGACACGGUGGAUAAGGAGCCCAUGUUUGCAACCUUUGGCAAGAAUCCUGUACGUGCUAAGCGUAUGGGUCAAGCCAUGGCCAGUUUGACUGGCGGCAAGGGAUAUGAAGUUUCGUACUUUGUCGACAACUACGACUUGUCCGAUGUCGACGCAAACGAGGGCACGCUGGUUGAUGUUGGAGGUAGUCAUGGAUUCGUGUGCGUCGACUUGGGCAAGAAGUGGAAGAAGAUGAAGUUUGUGGUGCAGGAUUUGCAAAAGACGAUCGAGAGUGCUCCCAAGCCGAUUUGCGAAGAUCAAAAUGUUGCCGAGCGUAUAACCUUGCAGGCUCAUGACUUUUUCACAGAACAGCCUGUAAAGGGCGCCGAUGUCUACUUCCUCCGCUGGAUCAUCCACAACUACUCGACCCCCUACGCCAUCAAGAUCCUCAAGAACCUCAUCCCGGCCCUCAAGCCCGGCGCCCGCAUUGUUAUUAAUGAUCACUGCCUCCGGAUUCCCGGGUCCGAGAACCCGUGGGACGAAAAGGUGAUGCGCAGCAUGGACAUGGUCAUGAUGGUGCUUCUCAACGCCCAGGAACGGACCGAGAAGGAGUUUGAGGACCUCUUCAAGGCUGCUGAUGAGCGCUUUGUGUUCAAGGGUGUUACAAGGGCGGAUGGAUGUCGUAUGGGUGUUGUUGAGGCUGUUUGGCAGCCCGAGGCCAUCAACGGCGCACAUGACUGA